UUGUCACGACACCUGCAGGCAGUCAGCUCUUAGAGCGGCGGUGGCAGUUGCAGCAGUGCUGUGUAUCUAUACUAAAGCUGUGCCAUCAUCCCAUCUCCCCUCUGCUCCAUGUGUCUCUGCACACAGACAAGUAAACUGCAGCACAACAGGAGGCUGAUCCUGGAUGUACAGAUACGAGACAGUGGAAGGAGCUGCUCAGCCUUAUAGCUCUUUCCAGGCAUGUCCUAAAUCUUCCCCUCGUCAUCCCCACUUUUCACUCCAUGGGAUUUUACUAUCUGUGGAUUCUGGAGUUUUGUAUCAUUAUGUUUUUUCAUCCUAAAUAGAUUUUCCCGACUGGUAGUAAGAUUGCUUUCUGGAUAUACCUUUUUGCUGGCUAUUUGUGCAAAUUGGAGUCUUGUUGGAGCUGCUUACAACUGAUUCAGUAACAACAAAGCCUUUAUUCAUUAAGUGAAAGUGGCGCAAAUGUCUUCAGCUCAGCAUUCCUCAAGCCUCUUGUCAGGCUAACUCUAUGCAUGAUUGCAGAGCUCGGAUUUGGACAAGGAUAUAGCCUUGCAGCUAACUGGAUUUGAUUUAUAAGUGGGAAAUCUGCAGUAAAUGGCAGCUCUUCUCAUUUUGCUACUAUGGAAAACAGAAUUGUCAAUAGAACGUAUUCUGAUAAAUAGAGCUGAGUGAAGAUGCUGCUUCAAGGAGUGCCAAAUCAAUGGAAGAUACUUGCUGCAUGAAAAGCGUUUUGAGAUUGUUCUGACAGGAUCACAUUUAACAAACCUGAUAUAUUUCGUUUGAUUGCCCUGCUUUUCACAAGUGGAUACAAAUAAGAUUGCUAUCUUGUACAACUAAUGUGGGACUAUGGCAUUCCCAAGGCCAAGGCACCUCAAUUGUUUAUGGAGAGUAACAUGGUUGCGUUUUCUACCCAUGGGAUUGGAUUCAACAUUUGUACUCUGUGUAUUUGGAUUUUUACUUCACAUUGCGACUGUGCGCUCACAAAAAUUGGAUGAUGUUGACCCUGUAGUCUUAACAACAUAUGGCAAAGUCAGAGGGUUUAAAAAGGAACUUAAUAACGAAAUACUAGGACCUGUCGUCCAGUUUCUUGGGGUUCCUUAUGCUGCUCCACCAAUAGGAGAGAGGCGGUUUCAGCCCCCUGAACCUCCAACAAUGUGGGGAGAUAUAAAAAAUUCCACCCAGUUUGCACCAGUUUGUCCUCAAAACAUUGUGGGCGGCAGAUUGCCUGAAGUCAUGCUUCCGGUUUGGUUUACUAAUAACUUGGAUGUAGUUUCUUCCUACGUUCAAGACCAGAGUGAGGACUGUCUCUAUUUAAACAUAUAUGUUCCAACAGAGGAUGUAAAAAGAAUAUCCAAGGAAUGUGCCCGGAAACCCGGCAAGAAAAUAUGUAGAAAAGAAGGUCCCCUUACAAAGAAACAGACAGAUGAUUUAGGUGAUAAUGAAGGUGCUGAAGAUGAAGACAUCCGAGAUAGUGGCGGGCCCAAGCCUGUGAUGGUGUAUAUUCAUGGAGGCUCUUACAUGGAAGGCACUGGAAAUGUGUUUGAUGGAAGUGUUCUGGCAAGUUACGGAAAUGUAAUAGUCAUCACCGUCAACUACCGCCUUGGGGUUCUUGGUUUUCUAAGCACCGGUGAUCAAGCUUCAAAGGGAAAUUAUGGUCUGUUAGACCUUAUUCAAGCCUUACGAUGGACUAGUGAGAAUAUUGGCUUCUUUGGAGGUGAUCCAUUAAGAAUAACAGUUUUUGGAUCAGGUGCUGGUGCUUCUUGUGUCAAUCUUUUGACUCUUUCCCAUUAUUCAGAAGGUAACCGCUGGAGCAAUUCAACCAAAGGACUUUUUCAAAGAGCAAUUGCACAAAGUGGAACAGCCCUUUCUAGUUGGGCAGUUAGCUUCCAGCCUGCCAAAUAUGCUCGGAUUCUGGCCACAAAAGUUGGGUGCAACAUGUCAGAUUCAGGGGAGCUUGUGGAAUGUCUACAGAAGAAGCCUUAUAGAGAACUUGUAGACCAAGACAUACAGCCAGUGCGGUAUCAUAUAGCAUUUGGCCCAGUUAUUGAUGGAGAUGUUAUACCCGAUGACCCACAGGUAUUGAUGGAACAAGGUGAAUUCCUCAACUAUGAUAUCAUGUUGGGAGUUAAUCAGGGAGAAGGCCUUAAAUUUGUAGAAAGUACUGUGGAUCAUGAAGAUGGUGUUUCAAGCAGUGAUUUUGACUUUGCAGUUUCCAAUUUUGUGGAUAAUUUGUAUGGCUAUACAGAAGGUAAAGAUAUACUGAGGGAAACAAUCAAGUUUAUGUACACAGAUUGGGCAGAUCGUAAUAAUCCAGAAACCAGAAGAAAAACAUUGUUGGCUUUGUUUACGGACCAUCAAUGGGUUGCACCAGCUGUGGCAACUGCUGAUCUACAUUCAAACUUUGGUUCACCCACAUACUUUUAUGCCUUUUAUCAUCAUUGCCAAACAGACCAAGUGCCUGCUUGGGCAGAUGCAUCCCACGGAGAUGAAAUUCCAUAUGUGUUUGGGAUUCCAAUGAUAGGUCCUACAGAGUUAUUUCCAUGCAACUUCUCUAAGAAUGAUGUCAUGCUUAGUGCUGUAGUGAUGACAUAUUGGACAAACUUUGCCAAAACUGGUGAUCCAAAUCAGCCUGUGCCACAGGAUACAAAAUUCAUACAUACAAAACCAAACAGAUUUGAAGAAGUUGCUUGGACUAGAUAUUCACAGAAAGACCAGCUCUAUCUUCACAUUGGGUUAAAACCUAGAGUUAAAGAGCACUAUAGGGCGACCAAAGUGAAUCUUUGGUUAGAGCUUGUACCACGCCUUCAUGUUAUGAAUGACCUGACCACAACUAAAGGCCCUUCUACAGAUAUAACAUCUAAGCCUACAGGGAGCAAUACCGUACCAGUAACAUCAGCCUUUCCUACUGUCAGUGAAGAUAAUUUUAAACAAAAGCCAAGCUCAAUUUCAUUGGAAAGAGACUAUUCUACUGAGCUCAGUGUUACAAUUGCAGUCGGAGCAUCACUGCUUUUCCUUAACAUUUUGGCAUUUGCAGCAUUAUACUACAAGAAGGAUAAAAGGAGACAUGAUGUUCAUCGGAGGUGUAGCCCCCAGCGCACUACAGCAAAUGAUAUAGCCCAUGCACAAGAAGAGGAAAUAAUGUCUUUACAAAUGAAGCACACAGACUUAGAUCAUGAAUGUGAAUCUAUACAUCCACACGAGGUUGUCCUUAGAAAUGCCUGCCCUCCUGAUUACACGCUUGCAAUGAGAAGAUCUCCAGAUGACAUCCCUUUAAUGACACCCAAUACUAUAACAAUGAUUCCUAACACUAUACCAGGGAUUCAACCCAUACACGCCUUCAAUACUUUUACUGCUGGACAGAAUAACACUCUACCCCAUCCCCAUCCACACCCACAUCCACACUCACAUUCUACAACCAGAGUAUAGCCAAACUAGAUGAAGAACUUUAUUUUUUGAUGUCUUAAAGUAGACAACCUUAAAGGGAAAUACAUGGCUUUUGGGACUCUUGUUAUUUAACUGUGAAGGAGUACAAAGUGCAUAAUGAAUAUACAUAUAAAAAAAAGACUUUUCAAAUUUUGAAGAAAAAUGUAAAUAUGAAAAUGGACAAAGCAGCAAUUGAAGUAAUUGCUCUAAGCGAUAGUAUUUUUUCCAUUCUUGUUAAUUUUUUUGUAAUUUUUUUUUUGUUCAAAAAUUUAAGUUACAAAUUGAUGUUUGGCAUGUGCUAUAAAAUGAGAGGACAAAGACUUUAUAUGUACUGUAUUUAUAUGCACAAGAGACUCACUCAUGGAAUGUUAGAUAGUUUUCACUGGGUUUUAUUUGAAACAGUUUUAUUGAGUAGAUAAUAAAAGUACACAAAGCACCAAUGCUUUUGAGGCCUUAAUGGGGGCCCCAUUUUAUAACCUGCCAAUAAAAUAGGGUUUAUCUCCUGGCAGGUACACCACUACCACUUAAGUGCUGUCACUAUAAAUUGUGGGAAUAAAGAAAAGUGGAUAUUUUUAGCACGAAGUGCAUGAUAAAUUGUAUGCUUGGUGGCUGUGCUGCUGAUUAAGCCACAACUAAAACCGUUCUCAUCCCAUUAAAGUUUUAUAAAAGAUUACUCAGUCAAUUGGCAAACUUUAUAGUUUUAAAUGGGUGUGGGAGAAAUAAAAUAAUAUUUCACAAUAUCCUGUGUUAAAACAUGAAAAAGUACGUUAGAAUGUUAGAAAUUAUGAAAAGCACUUCUUGUGAAUCCCAAAUGAUGAUUAGUUAAAUUUGUUAGAUUCUAAUUAAGAGCAUACUUUUUUAAUUAAGAUUUUUAAAUGUUAUCUGAAUUGCAGUUUAUUUAGUAUUGUUGACAUUUAAUACAAUAAUUAUAUGAGAUAAUCACCAUCUUUCCAGAGAAACCAGAAUUAACAUUAUUAUCUAUAAUGCUAUUAGGGUUUGAAAGAUUUUUUCCAAAUCACCUUUCAAAUUAUGCAACGUAUUUCUGUUACAUGGAUGAUACCUCAUUGCAGGUCACAAAAUGUAUGUAAAUACUGAGGAUAGAAAAAAAUGAUUAACUGCACCAACAAAUAGAGGUUUAAAAAAAAAAUCCAUGUCUUCAGUGUCUCCAAAUGAAAACAAAAACAAAUAUUUUUAUCCCCUCCUUGUUUAUCAGCAAGAUUAUUUAUGGCGGUCUUUACAGUGUGUUUGUAAAUGUAUCAGAUGUACGGUUAUAUGGAAAUAGAGAGAGUUGGAUGUAAGCACAUCAUAUAAAAUACUUUCACUCUUGCCUGUAAUAUAUUUCUCUUGGACAACAGUUUAUGUGUUUUCCCCAACUUUUUUCUUUUUUCUUUUUUUAAUUACUUUUUCAGAAUACUGUAAUUUUGAUAGUUUGUAAAAUAAUGCAAAUACAUUUCUCUGACAAACUAACUGCAGUAACAGAAACCUUUCUUUUCAAUUACUCUUUUUCAAGAAUGGAAGAUUAUUACACAAGGAAAUUGUAUAUUACUUAAUGGAAAUUACUUUGUACUUCUUGGCUAGAUUACUGGUCACUGAGUGAAAAUAAAGAUAAUCUCGCUAAAUGAUAUUAUACAAUGCUAAAAGAUAUGAUUUCGCUCAUUAAAGAGCCAAUGUGUUGA